AUGUUCCAGCCUACAUGGUCCCAAGAGGCCUCGGCAUCCCACCAGCCAAACCCUCCAGAACAGGACGCCAUCUUCGCUUCUCAAAGCAUGCACUUCUCUCAACAGAUGCAGCACGACGGCCAGCAGAUCGCACAUGACCCUGCAUCAGGGCAGAACCCCAUGUUCCAAGGCUCGUCGAUACCAGACUCGAAUGCAGCGGCAUCUUUCGGCGCUCCGUCGUAUUCCUAUCCAGUAGAGCAACCGCAGCAGUCCCAACAUCACCAUCUCCACCAUAUGCACGACCCGCAGCAGCAUGAUCACAGCUUUGGUGCUCAGAUUCCGCCAAACACGUCUCUAGGCCAUCCUCACGGAAUGCAAUCCGAGAGCUCGCUGUAUUUCGACGGCUCGUCCACGGGCCUCAACAGCUCUGGCUUCGAUCCAAGUGGCGGUCAGCAGCCCUCGCAACUCCCGAAUGACAACUUCCACGCGCAGCAGAACGGUCCGCAUGGCUCACGCCCACACACAGGCUCGGAACAAGGCUGGUCGGAUCAAGUCGCGGCUUCGAGCGAUGCGCAUCAGCAUGGCCUGGGCGCAGCACCUCCAUCAGGUCUGCAAAGGCCAUCUCGCCCUGCAGCACUCAAGAUCGACAUAGGGCCUCUAACGCCGAGCGUUCUGACCCCAAGCGUGCUGCACGAUACGACCGCAUCCACGGGCGCAGAGCCAGGCAGCGCAGUCACUCCGCAUGCUUUCCAAACUCGCUUUGCUCCCCCGUCGAUGUACGGAGGGAACCACCUACAGCAGCAGCACCAGCAGCAGCACUCCAAUACCGUCGACCAGCUCGCCAUGAACGACACCAGCAUGCCUUCCAGCUCCGGCCUCAUGCCAGCAUUUGGCGCCGAGUUAAGCUACAAGGACGAUGCUUCGAUCUCGAAUACGGAUAGUCGACAGCGGAAAGGCCCAGAGCAUGUCACAAACAGCCCUCAAAUUACCCAAAGUGAGGGAUAUGUUGGCGUACCUGGACUCGCGGACAAAUUCGGUCCGUCCACCAGCCACCUGGGUGUGUCUGCAUCUCCAAGCUCGCCGCUGAUCGGCGGCGCUCAUCACAGCCCCAGCUCGACCCUAUCAGGCGCUUUCUCGUCGCGGCCCGGUAGUCGUCCCGCCAGUCGCGGACUCAAGUCGGUCGCCAGCUUCACUUCGUCGGCUGGAACAGGCACAGCUUCCGGGAGCGAUGCCAUGUCCAGCCGCCAACGCUCAGGUUCGGGCAGUGUCUAUGCUGGUCGUCCCAUCUCGGCGCUGACCAGGACCACCAGCAUGCAGAACAACUUUGCCUCCUAUCCGAAUGACCCUUCGCACCAGGGACUGCCGCAAAGUCGCAGCGUCCAGAACCUCGGCCAGAUGCACAGUCCAGCCUUGUCGGGGCCCCUGGCGAGUCCUGGUCAUCCCGCUUUCCACGGAACGGAGCCGUGGAGCCCCGUCCAAUCGCAAAUGACGCCGCCGUCUAGCUUCCGCGCUCCGUACACAGGUCCAGGCUUUCAGACACCCCAGAUGCAACCAUUCAGUCCGACGCUCACCUCGCCAGCGCAGUCGCAAUACUCGCCGCAAUCGCACAUGGGCCCACACGCCGGGGGCAUGCCGCCCUUCUUCUCGCCUCCCAUUGACACGACGCAUCGAUUCGCGUCCUCGAGCGGAGGCCAGGAUGGCUUCGAGAUGGCAGCCUUCAACGAACAGCAUCUCUCGUCUGCGCUAGCCAACAGCGCAUCGAUCAGUUCUGGUCCACCGACAGCUGGCCAUCAGCGCGAGGGCCAUAGCACACCAACAAUUCUGGAAGAAGAAGAGAAUCCGUUGCACACCCGUGCUACGGUCCUGAGACAGGCGCCGAACGACCCUCGCUUUGACCCUGCAUUUUCUUCGCACCACCCGCAUCAUCCGCUUGCAUACGAGCAUCAGCAUCAGCAUCCAUUCCAGAGUCCACAUCAGCAUCCACAUCCGCAUCCGCACCAGCAUCAUCACCCGCAACUGCAGCAGUCUCCACAGCAAUACGCGGCGGGUUCGAUCCCCCACGUUCUACAGCGUUCUCGCUCCGACCAGAUCCCGGGCUCCCCUAUGGACGCACCGCCGAGCUUACGCACCCAGAUGGCGUAUCCGCCUAGCAUGCGCCCGAGCCUGUACCAACAGGUGUCGAUGAGCGAGAUGAACCAGAUUCGCCAGAUCCACGGCUUGGGCGUCUCGGAGAGCAGCCUGGGCGAUUGCUCGGCUUUCAUCGAAGACUAUGUCCGGCAGUACAUCUCGACCCCCAGUCGACUUGGUCUUGGAGAGAGGAAUGUGCUGAUCAUGACGACGAGGGUGGCACAGAAGAGUUACGGUGCCGAGAAGCGCUUCUUGUGCCCGCCACCUCUUGUCAUCUUGGUGGGAAGCAGCUGGUGGAACGCAUGCCCGGCUUCGGCGCGUCCGUCUCCCUUCUCGCCUUCCGGUCCGCCCGAUCCUGACCAGCCGGCACCGACGGUGCUCUCGCCGCCACGCGUCACCAUCAAUAUCAGCGGUGAGCCAGGCAUCCAGGAUGGGGCGCUCGAGUGGGCAUCCAGCAGCGGUCGUCUCAUCGACGUCGGCAAUCCAUCGUCCGAGAUGGCCAUCUCGGGCCGUUGCAUCGGCAAGCAGCUCUACAUCUCGGACGUGGACGAAAAGAGACGUCACGUCGAGGCACUCGUCGCGAUCUCCGUUCCGGGUCCUUCUCCCAUGGAUCGUCGUCUGCUCGGCACGUUCCCCAGCCGGCCCAUCAAAGUCAUCAGCAAGCCAAGCAAGAAGCGACAGUCUUCCCGCAAUACAGAGCUCUGCGUCAACCACGGCACCGUCAUUUCGCUCUUCCAUCGAUUGCGAUCGCAGACCGUAUCGACGCGCUACCUGUGCGUCUCAGGGGCACCGUCGUGGCUCAAGGGCUCGGACAACCAGCCCUUCCUCAACAUGAAUCCACGGGACCAGAAGAGCUCCGAGCCACCGAGCUGCUUUGUGGCCAAGAUGUCGAGCUGGGACCCUUUUAUCGUCUAUCUGGUGGAUCCCAAGAGGCGCGCCGAUGCUACGCCGUCCGAGCCGCUACAACCCCCCGUCAAAGGCUAUCCACCACCGCCUCCGAACGCCCUUCCUACGGCUGGGCUGACGAGCUCGCAAAUGACGAUCCACUACAAUCAGCCCAUCGUCCUUCAGUGUCUCAACACGGCGGUCGUGAGCCCGGUGAUGGUGGUGCGAAAGGUGGAAAAGGGCACAUCAGUACUCGGAGGCGCUCCAGCAGGCUCUACCGAUUCGAUUGCUCGCGAAGCGUUUGGCGAUCCUGUGUCGCAGCUGCACAAGAUUGCGCUCGAGGUGCUCGAGGAUCCCCGACCGACGGGCGAGCAGCCUGGCGAAUCCGCGUCGCCUGGCAAUAGCGGACCCUUCCUGGCCUGCCUCAACGAAUCCGUGGGCAUGCAUAGACCCAGCGAGCCGAGGAAGUGGGUGACCGGCAGCAGCAGCCUCAGCAUGCCCUCAACGCCGACGACGCCGAUGACAUCGAUGAGCCUGGCCAUGGAGGGCGCAGGGGUCGGAUCGAGUGAUCACCUGCCCAUGAGCCCGACCGCUGCGGCUGCGCAUGCAGCGGCGCAGACUCGCUAUUCUCUCGCCGCUGCCCGAGGAGGGCCGAUGAUGUCGCCGUCGGCCUCUUCCUCUUCGCACGACGUGUCUGCGAUGGAGCCGCCGCCCUCUUCGGACGGUGGCAAAGCCAAGCGUCCACGCCGCGUCUCGUCCUCGAUCGUGGUGCAGAAGGAACGUGCCGCUGCUGCAGCCGCUGCCAGCAAGAAUCGUCGACGUGGCCAGUCGCUUUCGAUCAGCACCAUGCAGCAUCAAGGUCUUUCUGAUGUCGAGAUCCUCCGUCGAACAGGCUCGUACGCCAACUCGGUAGGAUCAGACUCUUCCGCAGCGGGCAGCAGCAGCAUCUCACCAGGCGCAAUGUGGUCGGUCGAUGUGGCCGAUUCCGACAUCUGGACGGUGGUGGGCACCGAUAUUGCGCGCCACUCGUUCUACGUACCGCCUCAGAUCGUCGGUGGAGCCCAGCCGCAGACCAACAUCACCGACAGCAACAUUGCGCAUCUGAUCACGGUCCCUGCCCCCGCGCAGCCUAUCACGCCGAUUCCCAUCAUCACCAACGUGGUGCCGCCCCCGCAGGACGGCCGAUCGCCCAUGCCAGCGCCCUCGAGCGAUCAAAGCCCCGGGCUGGUCACGAUCUUGGGCGACAACUUCCAUCCGAACCUGUUCAUCUUCUUCGGCGACUGGAAGAGCACGCACGUCGAGGUCAGAAGCCGCCAGACGAUCAUCUGCGCGGCUCCUCCGCCGUUGGACCAGGGACUGCCACGAGGACAGGUGCCGGUUCUGGUCGUGAGGCACGACGGUGUCAUCUUCCCGACCGACUUUCAGUACCACUGCUGA